AUGUCCAAGUGGAAAGGUAAAGACUUGGAGGAAAUUGCCGUGUCGGUAGCGUUGGCACACUUGGCUCAAAUCGACAACGGUUUGGUGCGCUGGGUAUACACCACCAACAUAACAAGCCGAAAUGACCUACAACAGCAACUCCAGGCCCACGUUUUCAAGAAGCGUAAUACGGAAGAGGAUGCAUACUCAACCGGCCCAGAGCGGAAGAAGCCCAAAUUCCAAGUAAAGUGCCACCAUUGCGGAAAAAUUGGCCACAAAGUAGCUGAAUGCCGUAGCCGACUGGAAAGGGCACAGAACGCAAUAGGAAACAACCAGAACGGGAGCAGCCAUACUGGAGCAAAGGAUGGCUUCAAUAUACGAUUUUUUAAGUGCAACGAACUAGGACAUUACGCUAGUUCAUGUCCUAAAAUCCGGACCAGCGGAAAUGAGAAGAUCUUCAAGAAGCGUGUGAACAUUUGCACUGUUUCCCCGCCCAAGGGAAUAAUAAAUGUAUCCG